GCUGCUGCAGCAAACUGCUGCAAUUGCUGCAGCAAAGUAUUUCCGGUACCUCACAGAAGCAGCAGGAUGGCCCGUCUGCUGCUGCUCCAGUUCUCGCAGGGCCGGAAGCAGCAGCAGCAGCAACAGCAGCAGUAGCAGCAGCUUCUGUUGCUGCUGCAGCAGCAGCAGCAGCCCCACGAGUUUCGCAUCACCGAGUCGUGACGGCAGCAACUUGCCUGCUGCUGUUGCUGCAGUGUCUCUGAACUCAUUUGCUGCUGCUGCUGCACAUCUGGCGCAGGUGCCCUCCCUAGUAUACCCGCAGAAGCAGGUAGCGAUGGUCCCCUUAGAUCCUGGUGCGUACGAAGGAGACACUUGCUGCUGCUGCCGCUGCAGCGGAAGCAGCAGCAGCAGCAGUAGCAGCAGCAGGAGCGGUAGCCUUUGCUGUUGCAGCGGCUGCUGCUCCAGCGUCUGCUUGAAGCCUUCAUCUGCGCACAGAGCAGCAGCAGCAGCUGCUGCUGCUGCUCCUGCUGGGCGGCCUAACUCGAGGAGACUGUGUGCAGAUGUGCUGCGGUGGCUGCUGCUGCUGCAGUGGCAGGAGGCUCAGGUGUCUCUUGGGGCCCAAUCUUUAUGCAGCAGCAGCGUUAAUGUCGUUGCCGAGCAGCAGCACCCACAUGAAGGUUCCUACACUACCUCCUUUGCAUGCGCUGCAGCAAACGAAGCAGCAGCAGCAGCAGCAGCAGCGGGGGAAGCAGCAGCAGACUCGAACGAGGCGUGCGUCCCCUGCUACGACGCCUUUGGCAUUGCUCCUCGUCCUGCACGUACCGCUGCUGCAGGUGCUGCAGCAGCUGCUGCUGCUGCAGGUGCUGCUGCAGGCAGCUGUCUCUCUUCAGGAGACACCCCGCUGCAUCGCCUCGUCAAGUUUCCCCUUCUUCCAGACAUGCAGCCUCAACAGAGCAGCAGCUGCUUCCUCUCAUUGGGCAAAGCGCCACAGCAGCAGCAGCAGCUACUGCAGCAGCAGCAGCAGCGGCGACAGCUGCUGCUGCAUCCACCCAAGUUGGCAAUGUACAGGCCCUCAGCGACAGGCACAGGUCUUCAGCACCGGCAGCAACGCGGACAACGUCAGCAGCAGCAGCAGCAACAGCAACAGCAGCAGCAGCAAGGGAAACAACAACAACAGCAGAAGCAGAAGCAGCAACACCGCAUGCAAGCCGUCCCAGCCAUUAGUUGCACUGCGCUAAACGCAAUCGAUUCUGCUGCUCUUUUGGCAGCAGAAGAUGAGCUGCAGCCUGCAGCAGCAGCAGCACCUCCGGGCGCUCGGUCCCUCUGUGUCUCCCUUGACCGGUGCUGCUUCGUUGCUGCUGUCUCCUUUGAGGCCCUCGCCACAUCCAAGUGUCUCUCCAGCGCCUUCAACAGUGCAGCAGCAACGCAGCGCAGCAACAUGCAGGCGCAUGCAGUUGCUGCUGCGCCUGAGGAGACAGCAAAAGGAGACACCUCAAAGAACAUCAAGGUGCAGCAGCUGCAGCAGCAGAGGCAGAGACAGCAGCAGAAACAACAACAACGGAAGCAACAGCAGCAGCAACAACAGCAGCAGCAGCAGCAUAAGCUGGCGCCUGUCGCUCUUUUCGCAGCAGAAGCAGCAGCAGCAUGCACUUCUGCCUUUAUGCAGGAGUCUCCUUUGAGGGGUUUUAUUUCAUUGAUUGUUUGUUCUGCUGCUGCUAUCCGCGCCACUCACUUUGCUCACUGCCCCGCAGAUGCUGCGGUGUCUCCUCUGUCUCGUGUGUCUCCUUUGUCUCCCCCAGAGACAGCCAGAGGCCCCUCUUGCCGAACCUUCUCAGCUGUCUCUAACGGUUGUUUCUUCUUCUUCUUGAGAAGCAAAUGCUGCGUUGUUCUGUCUCCUCAAGCAGCGGCAGCAGCAGCAGCAGCUGCAGCAGACAAUGGGGGGGCGCUCAAAGGGGGCCCCCCUUCAACUGUCUCCUCCGAGUGCAUUUGCCUCAUUCAAGGCAGUCUCUUCUCCCCACUGGGGCCCCCCUCCUGCUGCUCUUCUUUAGGGGCCCCCGCCCCUCAGUGCAAAUGUACAAAGAAGCAACGGGGGGCUUCCUAUACUCCCUAUGCUUCAAAUGUGGGGCCCCACGCUUCUGAAGCAAAUGUGGGGCCCCAUGCAGCAGCAGCAGGUGUGGGGCCCCACAGUGCAGCAGCAGGUGUGGAGCCGCACAGUGCAGCAGCAAGUGUGGGGCCCCAAGCGGCAGCAGCAAGUGUGGGGCCCAACGCAGCAGCAGCAACUGCGGGGCCCCACAGUUGCUGUUGCAGCGUGGGGAGGCCCUGGGGCGUUGGGCGCGAGGUGACGUUUCGGGUGUCUCCGUGGCAGUUUGCUGCUCUGCAGCGAUUUGCUUUCUACAAGGGAGUGAACGCAGCAGCUGCUGCACAUACACUGCAGCAGGCAGCAGAAAACGUCCCCUGGGAUCGUCAACUCCCGCAGCCCCACACGUUCACUGAGGCCCUUGCCGAACCCAUAUUAGAACGCAUGCAGAUGCGCAGCUGGGCAGCCGCUUCCCCACGCAUGCACCGCCAGAAGCAGCAGCUAAAGGAGCAGCAGCUGCAGCAGCACCAGAAGCAGCAGCAACAGCAGCAGCAGCGAAAACAGCAUCAACAGCAACAACAGCAGCAAAAGCAACAUCAACAGCAACAGCACCAGCAGCAGCAGCAGGACAAGGAGCAUCAGAAGCAGCAGCAGCAGCAACAGUCGAGCAAGAAACGCAUGCGGGAGGAAACAGUCUCUGCUGACUGGCUACCUCCAAUCUCUUCGUUUGUCUUUCAUCGUUGGCGUUCACUAGAAGCAGCAAGAGGGUUCGCGGGGGCCCCCAACAGCAUCAGGGGCCCCCCAAUUAUUUCUAGGGGGGGCCCCCUAAUGGGGGCCCCCUCCUCUUUGCUUGAAGGCAGCAGCGACCCUAGCAGCUGCACGCCUUCAAAAGAAGAACUAACACCGAUGCUGCUCGCUGAUUGUCUCUGUCUGCCGUUUUGCUUCUGCGGCAUCGCCCCUGCUGCUGCAGGACAAGCAGCAGCAGGGGCAGCUAGUGCUGCUGCCACAGCAACAGCAGCAACUCGUGCUGAUACAACAGCAGCACCUGCUGCUGCUGCUAACUCACCCUGCCUCUCCUGUCUCUCAGUGCUGGCGCGGUGGGUGGCUGAGUGCCGCAGGUUUAUUGAAGAGGACAGUAGGAAUUCGUUUGCAUCUGUCUCGCAGUUGACAGCAGCAGCAGCAGCAGCAGGAGGUUGGGUGUGGGGCCCCACAUCUCCAAAAAAACGUGCAGCAAUGCAGCUGUCUCCUGAACGCUGUCUCCCUUCGACGUCGCUGAGGAGACACCGCAUUUCUCUCAAGGGCCUCCUUGUGGUGGACUUGCUGCUCGUGCCCAUGCGAGCUGCUGCAGGUGCAGCAGCAGCAGCAGCAGCCAGCAGCAGCAGCAGCAGGUGUCGCGAAGACUGGCUCGUUGUGCGGAAGCCUCGGGGCUUAGUGGGAGGAGACGAUCCCGAUCCCAGCUGCUGCUGCUGCCGAAGGGGCCCCCCUUCAAGAGACAGCUGGCGAGGGGGCCCCACAGAAGGAGACACUGGGGGCUUUGUUGACCUCUGGGUUCCCCCAGCUGUCUCCGCAGGGCGUUUUGACUUGCUGCAAGUGGGCAUGCGAGUGGAUGUGGGGCCCUGUCUCCUCCGCCUGAGGCCCACGCUCCCCUGGCCCCAGCCCCUAAGAAGCAUUCGUGUCCCCACAGCAGCAGCAGCAGCAACAGCUGCUGCUCCUGCCGCAGCAGGGAAAGCGGGAGCAGCAGCACCAUCACCAGCAUCAGCAGCAGAGGAAACAGCAGCAGCAGCAGCUGCUGCUGCUGCUGCUGACAAGCACUGUUUGGGGCCUCUGCCAGGGGAGGGGUUGGGCAUUUGGGUGUCUCCUUUGUGCAGGGCCUGGGCGGCAGCACUUGAGGAGACAGUUGGAGAGGGGUUGAUUGGAAGACCUUUUGCUGCACGUUUCAUGCGCUGCAUGCGCUGCAGUGCUGCUCUCCGCCCCACAGUCUCCUUGGGGCGGCAGCAGCUGCUGCUGUCUCUUGCCCUCGCCAGUGCUGUGUCUGUGGGCCCUCCACCGUCUUUGGAGUAUCGGGGGAACCGUUGUGCCUCCAGCUGUAUGUACACCGGAGAGCAGCAGCUGCAGCAGCAGCAACAGCAGCAGCUGCAGCGGGCUGGCGCUAAGUUUCCUCUGUGGGGCGAGGAGGAGGAAGCGGUGGUGUUUGGGGAGUUGCUUUUGGAGGCGAUCCCAGCUACUGAAGUCAGCUGUGUGGGGUUCAGUUUUGCUGCGUUGUCUCUACGGUGUCUCUGCUCGCAGCAGCAGGUGCAGGGCCCAGCCGUCGCUCCUGUCCCCUUCAAAAAAGGAGACAAUACUCUGUGCUUAAGGGCACCCGAAGGCCCCAUUCUGCCUCCAGCAACGCGGCCAGCUGCAACAGCAGCAGCAGCAGCAGCCGCUGCUGCUGCUGCUGCCCCCCGUCUCCACCCCGCGCUGCAGCCGCUGCGGCAUCGCUACGCAGCAGCACCGGGAGGCCUUCCGCUGAGCCCCUUGGAGACAGCAGAGGCGGAAGCAGCAGCAAGUGCUGCUGCUGUAGCUGGCAGAGCAGACCCAGACACGCUGUCCUACCCAAAGGCUAUGCGUCGUCCUCGCUGGAGCAGCAGCAACAGAAGCAGCAGCAGCAGCAGCAAGUGCUGCUGCUGCAGCAGCAGCUGCGAUUGUAUAGGGACGCCGCACAAAGGAGACACAUUAAAGGCUGGUGGGGCGGCGGCUGUGCCUGUGAGUCUCCAGCUGCCUCCGUUGUUUUUAAGGGGCCCGCGUUUGUCUCUGUCUCCUUCUUAUAAGGUGUCUCCUUCUGAUAAAGUGCCUCCUUCUUGUCUUUCUGGGCUUCCUUUAAGGGGUUUGCAAGCUCAGCAUGGGGGUGUCUCCGUUGGUGAGGAGACAGUUGAAGUUUGCUCUCGCACCUGCAGAGACACCCGAAGAGACAGCGAAGGUAGAGGCGCGGCCCCAAACAACAGAGACAGUAGAGACAGCAGAUAUCGAAGAGACAGCAGAAGCAACAGCAGAGACAGCAGAGACAAAAAGGCCAAGAGGGGCAGCCACGUGUCUCCUUCUCUCUCGUUUAGGGGGGCUGUGCGCCCCUUUAUAAACACCUCUGCAUGCAGUUGGUUUGAGGGGACAGUAGAAGAGGUGCUAGCCCUGCAUCUCUCUUGGGUGUGUCGCCGCUGCCUGACAGCCCCCAGCAGCAGCAGCUGCAGCAGCAGCAGCGGCAGCAGCAGCAGCAGCAGCAGGGGCAGCGGCGGCAGCGGCGACAGUGCCUGCUGCUGCAGCUGUGGGGCGAUGAAGCUGCAGCAGCAGGAAGGCAGCGAGUGCAGCAGCAGCAAACACCAAGGCCUGCAGCUGGGCCUUGUAGUGGCGCUUGAGGAGACAAGCACAGGGAGAGUGCUGCUCGUGCUGCUUCAAAACGCAGCAGCUCUGAGUUUACUGCAGCAUCUUAACUGUCUCCUCUGCUACUCAAUUGGGGAGACACUCGAAGCCUGUGCUGCAGCGCUGCUGCAUGCGCAGGCAGACGCGCAGCAGCAGCAUCACAAGCAGCAGCACCCGAAAAACCUGCUCUUCAACAGCAACAGCAGUAGCAGCAGCAGCAGCAGCAACUUUGGCCACCUGCUAUUUGGGGCCCUGUGCUGCGCUGCAUGCAACGCUGCAGCAGGGGGUCUCCUCAGGUUUAGUAAAGGGUCGUCUGGGGAGACAGUUAAUAUAAAAAGCAGGAGGAAAAUAAAAGUGGAGGGCCUCAUUCGCCCUGUCAGCCUCCGCCAAGUGCAGUCUCGCCGUGCUUCACCUGCUGCUGCUGCUACUGCUGCUGCUGCUGCUGCUCGGACAGCAACAGGAGCAGCAGGUCGCAUGCAGCAGCAAACCCAGCAGCGGACAAUUUGCCUUCCCGUUGUCUUUGCUGUCGACUGGCAGCCGCUCACUGCAGCAGAACUUAUGCGCACCAUUUGCAGCGAGCACGCAGACUUGCUGCAGCAACAGCAACAGCAGCAGCAACAGCAGGAACAGCACAAGCAGCAACAGCAGCAGCAACAACAACAGCAGCAGCAGUAA